AUGGGGAAAAACCAAGCUUACAAAGCCAUGCAGAGAGCAAGGGUGGGCUCAGGAUCUGGAGGUCCUGAAGAGGUUGAAGAUGGCAUGGUGGAUGGUUCUUUUCAUACACCAGAGUGGCAUGCUGCUCGUUUGGCUAGCCUCAACACUUCUCAUACAAUCACCUGGGAGGAGUACAAGAAGAAGCAGAAGGAAGAGGAGUUGAGAAAAGGUGAGCUGGAAAAAGAUACAGAUAGAAUGAUGCGUGAGUACAGAGCCCAGCUGGAUGCCGAAAGAGCACGGAAGCUUGCACAGGGGAGGAACCAUUCGAGUAGCAAGUCUAAUCUCAAAAAGGACAAGAAGGAAAAAGAUUCAAAGAAACAGCGUGGUAAAAAGAGAAAGCAUUCCAGGCGUAGAUCUUCAGACUCCAGCUCAAUGAGCUCUUCCUCCUCCGACGCCUCAAGCAGCGAUGACGAGAGAGAGUCAAAGAGGUCGAAAUCGAGAAGCAGCAGCAGAAGAAGCAAGAAGGAGAAAAGACACAGGUCAUCAUCAAGAAGCAAGCGUCCAACUAGCGACGACGAAGGUGCAGAGGGUCCCGUUCCACUCUCUAGAUUCUUCGGCAAUGUGAAGAACUAG